CCACCCGCGCGUCCGGAAGUGACGCGCGCGGACAAAGACAGCGCGGCGCGAGGCGUCCGGUGUCCCUGCCGUGCCGCGGUGGCUCCUGGGUCCUCGCCGCCGCCUCCCGGUCCUUGUACUUCUCCCCGGCUCCCGGGCCCUGCGUGGGGAGUUGCCCCUGCCCAGGGUGGUGACACUGACGUGGCUGGUGCCAGCAUGACGAGCGAGCUGAUUGAAGAUGAGACCCAAUUCUACUCGAAGGCCAAGACCUACUGGCAGCAGAUCCCGCCCACGGUGGACGGCAUGCUUGGGGGGUAUGGCUACAUCUCCAACAUCGACCUCAGCAGCUCCCGGAAGUUCCUGCAGAGGUUUUUGAGGGAAGGCCCAAAUAAGACGGGGACGUCGUGUGCUCUGGACUGCGGCGCGGGCAUCGGGAGGAUCACCAAGCGGCUGCUCCUGCCGCUCUUCCGGGUGGUGGACAUGGUGGACGUGACCGAGGACUUUCUGGCCAAAGCCAAAACCUACCUGGGGGAGGAGGGCAAGCGGGUGAGGAACUACUUCUGCUGCGGGCUGCAGGACUUCAGCCCCGAGCCCAGCUCCUACGACGUCAUCUGGAUCCAGUGGGUGAUAGGCCACCUGACGGAUCAGCACCUGGCGGAGUUCCUGCGGCGCUGCCAGCGUGGCCUGCGCCCCAACGGCAUCAUCGUCAUCAAGGACAACAUGGCGCAGGAAGGCGUCAUCCUGGACGACGUGGACAGCAGCGUGUGCCGCGACCUCCAGGUGGUCCGCAGGAUCAUCCACGGCGCCGGCCUCCGCCUCCUGGCCGAGGAGAGGCAGGAGAACCUUCCCGAUGAGAUCUACCACGUCUACAGCUUUGCCCUGAGAUGAGCCGGGCUGGCAGAGCGCCAGGGACCAGAGCUAGGGUGGGGCUGGCAGUGGCGAGGCCCGGGCUCCAGGCCAGGGGCUCCGAGAGCCAAGCCACUAAAUACACUUGUGUGCUCUCCACACACUUACAUUUCUUAAACGCGCCAAGAGGGAGCCGGCAGGGAGGGGUGCCACGCGGGGCUGAGGAGGCGCCCACCCUGCUGCACGGGGGCCGGGCGGUCGGGCACCGGCCGGGAGCUCCGCCAUGCCAGGCGCCUCGCGUGGAGGAGGAGGCCGCACGCCUCUCCUUGGCUGCGGCCUCCUGGGCAGGAAGGGGCCAGGCUGGCCAGUGUCUGGCCCACUCCUGUUAACCAGGGGUUCCUCUUUGGCAGGCAUUUUUAGUCAAAAAUAAAAAGGGGUGAACCGGU